UUAUUAUUAUUAUUAUUACUGAUGUAUUUCAACUUUUGUAAGACAAUCAAGGGCUUAAAAUAGUAGUCACAUGAUAAGUAAAAACAUGAAAAACGAAAAGUUCGUUAUCGUCGCUGUUCAACAACACACUAAUCACAAGAUGAAAGUAUUCGGUCUUCAUCAUGCUUAUUUGUUAGAUUUUUGGUUUAGAAGCUAAAUCCGAUUAACAGAAAGUCAGUUUACUUAUAUACCGGUGUCAGAUAAAUAUAUUGUAUGCCAAUUCACAACCAAAUGAUGACACAAAGGGUGGUGUUUUCAAUUUUUUAUCGCUUGCUUACCGGCGAGAUAUGCAUUGGCUGUUGCUUAGCGACUGAGCAGUGUGGUCCUCCCACACAGUGGUGAGCUUUGUCUGACAGGUGCGUUAGACGAGCCGAGGGUAAAGAAAUGUCAAUAUGUAAAUAUCGAGACAGAAAACAAACCAACGAGUACAAACAACAGUGUAUGGCAACACAGGGCUGGUAACAGCACAUUAACGCAAAUAAUUAUUAUAGAUGAGACAUUGUUUUAGUUGACGAACAAGUUUGUAGUUAACGCCGAUUUUUUAUACAGUGCAAACGGAGCCCAUUUCUUUGGACUCUUGUCUUGUUUCAAUGCUGUUAUCAUAGCUUGUAUUUUAUUUGUGAUGUAUAAUGGCGACGCCGAAGUUGAUGACUUUAUCAACAACAACAGACAUUCGUCGUGUCCCAUCCAACUGGGAACUGUUGGGGGGUCUAGGGCAACAGAUUCACCAGCUAAAUCAGAAUCUUGGUGUAGGCAAGUGUCCAGGAGGAUUAACAUUACCAAAGCCAAACAGCCUGACGAUGAUGAGGAGAAAAAACAUCCCGACUCUGCGCCUUCAAGACAAAUCCCUUUCAAAAGACAGGGAAUAUCCUAAAACAAACUGUGUCAUAGAAGGAUCUGCUUUUUCCUCUCUUGGACCAAAAGAGGACCAGAAACGGACAACAUUGGAUUCUGAUCACAAGUACUUGAAUGAAGAUUUUCCUGAAAAGCAUUUCCUGUUUGAGAAGUGGAAUGGCGUGCCAGGUCCUCAGUGUGAAAACAAAGCUUUGUCCUUGGAUAUGAGAUUAUUACAAAAAAACUCUGUACCUCGGGAUCCCAGAAGUAUUCAAAGACUUCCAUUACACAAAGAACUCUUUCAGGGUGUGUCUAAACCAUUUGCUUUUGGUUCUUAUGAAGGAUUUCACCUGACUUCUGAGCCAGCAGUUUUCUUACCACCUUGUACCACAGCAAUUAGUGAAAAACAGCAAUUGACUGUGGAUAAACACAAAAACAGAUCAAGCAAUAGAACAUACAGUUUAUACUCAAUUCCUGGUAACCAAAAAUCUUGUGCCUAUGCUGAUCCUGUCAGUGGAGCUUCGACUCCUUUCAUUCAGAGGCUGUCAGAAAUACUUUCACUAGAAUCUGACACUGUGCGACAGGAGAAGACGAAGAAGCUGAAGAAGAACAAGAAACAGGAGUCAUAAACAUGCUGUAUAAAACAUAGAAAACCAUAAGGAGGCUACAAGAUUCUACAGCAGUCAUAACUAUUACUUUGUUUUGCCAAAAUAUGCACUGGUGUUGAUUAAGAUUCUACAACUUUCCAUAUCAGUAUUCAUUAAAGAAGUAUGUUUAUGGGUAA